AUAAAAAGGCUCCGGCUGUAGAUUUUGUUUUCCUCAACGUGACGGCAGGGACUAACCUCGACACCCACACACUCAUCAACAUGCCUGCAGACUACAACGGACGCUGGGAGAUGGUGAGCAAUGACAACUUUGAAGACGUCAUGAAAGCUCUGGACAUCGACUUUGCCACCAGAAAAAUCGCCUCCCAUCUGCACCAGACAAAAGUCAUUGUCCAAAACGGUGACAAGUUUGAGACGAAGACCCUGAGCACCUUCAGAAACUAUGAAGUCAACUUCACUGUGGGGGUGGAGUUUGAGGAGCACCUGAAGGCCCUUGACAGCCGAAAAGUCAUGACACUGGUCACCUGGGACGGGGACAAACUGGUGUGUGUUCAAAAGGGGGAAAAGGAAAACCGUGGCUGGAAACAUUGGAUUGAAGGAGAUCUGCUACAUCUGGAACUCCAUGUCCUGGACAAAGUCUGCCACCAAGUAUUUAAGAAGGCUCAGUAAGCUUUGUGUGCACAGAACGCCACAAUAAAGCUUAUUUCUAAAGUAAACCAAUAAACUGAUA